CCUUUUCAACGCUACUUCCGGAUUACGCGCCCAGAAAGAGAAAAAAAAUAUCUGAUUGCUAUGAAAUGUAGCUAGCAGCUAAAGCUGGCUACCGCUUGACCGUCAGUUAUCAAUGCAACGCUGUGUUUAAAUUACCCAUGUCAAGACAUAAGAAGAAUUUUCCAAGUGUUGUGCUGCUUUUGUGUAACUAUAGUAGCACACAAUAUUCCCGGCAUAUCCAUUGUCAAUUGCAGACCGACUGACUAGACCAGAUAACAUUGGCACCACCAGCCGUGCCACUCUUAUUUCAACACAGGGACGAAACAAAGCCCAGUAGAACAUGAACGGUCUGUCCAUUCGAGAGCUGUGCUGCCUCUUCUGCUGCCCCCCCUGCCCCAGCCGCAUUGCAGCCAAGCUGGCCUUCCUUCCCCCGGAGCCUACCUACGCCCUCCUACCUGACCCCGAUCCAGUUGCCGGCGCAGCCGGGGCGGCCUCCGGGACGGGUCCCGGGGCACCCGCACCUUCUCUGGGUGCCCCGGGCCUGCGCUCCCGGCUGUCUGGCAGUGGAGACAGGGGAGGAGGAGGGGCCGGGGGGGGUGGUGGGGGCGGUGGGGGCAGUGGAGCAGGAGCAGCAGCAGCAGCAGCAGGAGCAGGGACAGGUGUAGCAGGGGCAGGUGGAGCGGGGUCAGAAGCCAGGUGGAAGCUCCAUCUGACGGAGAGGGCAGAGUUCCAGUACUCCCAGAGAGAGCUGGACGUGACGGAUGUGUUCCUGACCCGGUCCAGCCGGGGGAACCGGGUGGGGUGUAUGUACAUCCGCUGUGCUCCCAACGCCAGGUUUACAGUGCUGUUCUCCCACGGUAACGCAGUGGACCUGGGCCAGAUGAGCAGCUUCUACAUCGGCCUGGGCACCAGGAUCAACUGCAACAUCUUCUCCUACGACUACUCGGGCUACGGCGUGAGCACCGGCAAGCCCUCCGAGAAGAACCUCUACGCCGACAUCGACGCGGCCUGGCACGCCUUGCGCUCACGGUACGGCAUCAGCCCCGAGAACAUCAUCCUGUACGGCCAGAGCAUCGGCACGGUGCCCACGGUCGACCUGGCGUCGCGGUUCGAGUGCGCCGCCGUGGUCCUGCACUCCCCCCUCACCUCGGGCAUGAGGGUGGCCUUCCCCGACACUAAGAAGACCUACUGUUUCGACGCCUUUCCCAACAUCGAGAAGGUGUCCAAGAUCCCCUCCCCGGUGCUCAUCAUCCACGGCACGGAGGACGAGGUGAUCGACUUCUCCCACGGCCUGGCGCUGUUCGAGCGCUGCCCCAAGGCGGUGGAGCCCCUCUGGGUGGAGGGCGCCGGCCACAACGACAUCGAGCUCUACAGCCAGUACCUGGAGCGGCUACGGCGCUUCAUCAACCACGACCUGGCCGCGCCGCACGCCUGAGGCAGUGUGUGUGUGUCCGUGUGUGUGUGUGUCUGGGUGAAAGAGAGGGGUUGUUGGGAUUUGCAAAAGUGCAACAUCUAUGGAUGCUGGUGCACUGAGCACACUUCCUAACCCCCCCGCCCUCCCCCUUUCCCCCCCCUUGACCGCUUACACAAGAACCGUGUGUGUGUCUGUCUGUGUGUGUGCGUGCGUGCGUUGGUGUGUUUGUGUGUGUGAGGGUGAGUAUGUUAUUGUAUGUGUUUCUUGUUUUGUUGAUUUUUAGAAAUGAAGGACUACUUGACGAUGAUCAUAUCUGGAAUUGGAGAAACUGCAUUUGGACGAGGCCCUCUGCAUGGAGAGACUUUAAAUUGUCACACGUUGGUUGGUGUGUGUGUGUGUGUGUGUGUGUGUGUGUGUGUGUGCGUCUUCUUGGAAAGAAUACCUCCAGAGCUCCCUCAGUGAAAAAGAUGACACAAAAUGCUGGUCCAGGCCUGUGUCUCCCCCCCCCCCCCCCCCCCCCCCCCCCCCCCCCCCCCUGUGUCUCCUAUUGACUGCCGGGGCAUUUCUAACGUGGCGGUCCACGGAAGGCCAGCUCUUCUCUGUGUACUGGUGUGGUGGAGGGCCACCCCUUAAGGUUUACUCUUUCUUCUUUCCUUUGUUCACCUGAGAGAACAAAGGCCUGGCAGUCUCGAAUGCUUCCAUAACCUGUAUGGUGGUUAAAUGUCCUCCUGUGUUUCACCUGUCCCCUAUUUUCCUUUUGGUUCUCCGCCCUUCGGUAAAGGUUAUAGACCGGCCAAGUUCCACCUCAUCUCCUCUGAUUCUGCUGGGACUGCAGAUGCUUCACUGUCCACAAACCCCCAGUGGGUGAAAAACCAUUGAAGGAUUGUGGUUUUCACUGUGUACCGUUUUUUUUGUUUACACCAUCACCACCACCACCUACCCCCUCCUCCACCUCUUCCUCCACCACCACCAUCAAAUAUACCACGUUUCCAAUACCGCAGAUAUGGUAAUCCGCAGAUAUACCGCAGAUAUUGGAAAUCAAACCCAGGGCUUUUAGAGGCAUAUUGACCGGUUUAGAAGCCGUUCCUGUGAAGCUUAUUGAAACACAGAAUAUGAGUUGCAGACUUCCCUGCAAUUGCGCCAGUCCUCUGUGUUUGUGUGUGUGUAUGUGUGUUUUCGGCACAUUAGGCUUUACUGACGUGUGAAGACAGACCACGCUGGUACCAGGGCAGCAUCAAUAUUUAAGUAAACACUUUCAUUUUUUCCAGUUAUUUUCUUUUUAUUUAAUGUAAAUGAAGAUUGCCUCAUGAGGUUUUUUUAAACAUUUUCUAGAAUCCCGGUGUACAGAUUGGCGGAGGACGUACACGUAGGAACUCUAGUUCAGCUUUUGUUUUUGGUUCCCUAAGGCGUAACAGGUGUCUGCUCAGUUUAUAACAAACUCUCCACUUCCUUGAUCCUUUUUGUUGAAAAAAAGACGUCUGAUAGUGAUCAUCUCUUCUGCACAAUACGUGCAUCACACUACCAUAUUUUUUCCAUUUCGCCCUCCCGCUCUACUCUUGAGAGCUCAUACGCAACCCCUUUGUUUCCCUUAACUAACAGGCAAAGCUAUUCCUCUAUUUCGUAUCACUCACUACAUAUGUAUUGUAGGGGCCAACAUUGCAUGUCAUUUUUUAAUGUAUUUUUUUUAUGUUGCGAUGUGGGUAUUCUGACCACCAUGCAAAUGAGCUAUGAACUAAGACUUAUAAAAACCAGGAGUACCAGUGCCAGGAGUACGAGCCCCUAGUAUUGUCUGUAUGUGUUUGUUUCUCCCCCCCACCCCCCCUUCUGUCUGAGAUCUCCUAUGGUUAGCUGCCAUCGCUCCCACUCUUAAGUCUAGGGUUGGCUGCAGUAGCUCCAGUCUGACCCAAGCCACAUCUGAGCCUCUGACAGUGUGGUGUGGUGCAGGUUCCGCCACAUCUUUGCACAACAUUGAACAGAAACACUCCGACCCAUACAUACAAAUACUACAUACACUGUAGUUUACAUUUACACUCACUCGUAUACGAAUAAACAUAUACAAAUAUAUAUAUCUAUAUCUAUAUAGAAACGGAUCAAGCAUGAGAUAAAAGCAGGUCUUUAGUUCAGAGUUAUUGUAUAAAACAUUCAACGUGUACUGAGGGUACACACACAGGAUGGUGCAUCUUCAUUGAUUAUCUUUAGCAGGCUAGCAAGGAUCCUACCAAUUGAAACCUUGGUAAUGGGCUUUAUCUGUAGGGCUGAAUAGAAAUGGCAUGCUAUGGCGGUAAACAACCAUCCAGUUUGGUUCAGAUCUGCUCAGGAGCCCUCGCACACAUUCAUUUCAGUGACCACAGCUGCUCUUCAAUUAAAGGGAAAAAUGUACUGUACUAGCACUGACAUGAACGCUAUAUUUGUCCCCCCGUUCAUUUACAAUUGGUUUCCAAUGAAGAUUCACAACUAGAACCGGCCGUCCCCCCUGUGUAUGUCCAUUCUCAUGUGUAUUUUGUCUCUUCUGGACUUUUUAAUAAGGGGCGGAGGUGGAAAUCUUUCUCUUGUUGUGGUGUAAAAGUAGAAGCCCUUUCUGGUUAGAUUGUCAGUGGUGGGAGGGGAAAGAAAAAUAAGCAAAAACAAACCAUUGGAGCCACUGUUCUGAUGGAGAGAGCAAAGCAAAGGGGUUUUCUCAUCUGCACCACUAUGGCUAACGGAAUGGUCCCUCUGGCCUCUGAAUGUUAACUUGAGACUACAUGCAUGUCUAUUGUGUUUUUCCGAGCAAGGGAUUGGGGGUGGGUUGGUUAGUGGUAUCUGUACGUGUAUUGUCAGAGGGGGUUAAAAAAAUGAAGAAAAAAACAUUAUGGCAUUGGAAAAGUUAAGCGCUUUAACAAAAAAAAACGAAACGGGACAUUUGUUCGACUUUUUAAUAUAUAUAUGAUACUACUAACUGAUGUAUUGUCAUGAGUUUUGU